CCCGGCCCGAUGCUGAGCCCGCGCCGCCUCCGCAGAGGUCAGCGCUCGCGCGCCGGGCCGCCGCGGACCCCGGGGGCAGGCGCGGGCACAGGCAGCAGAGAUGUGGGGGCUGCUGUAGGGUCGCUCGCCCGUCGCCCGUUGCUGGCAGCCCUCCGCUCCGCCCUCCCGUGCUCCCUGCGCCCGGCUCCCUGCGGUCCGCGCGGCGGCCCCCUCCCUCCUCCCUCUUCCCUCCUCCAGGCUUCUCCCUCCCUCCUUUUCUUCUUCACUAUCUCCUCCCUCCUCCUUCUGCCUCCGCCUCCGGGGAGGGACUUCGCCGCCCCGCGCCAGCAUCCAGGGGCGAGGUUCUCCACCCCUAUCCCUGUGACGCAGGCCGAGACCCCUCCCCUCCGGCCUUGGCUCCACAUUCUGCCCCAUCUUAUCAAUCUUGUCUCUGGUCUCCUUGCCCAGUGCCGCCCGGGACUGGGCCUUGGCCUGGACCGGGUGGUCGUUUCUGCUCUACUUCUCCAAGUAAGGCCCCUCCUCCUGGGUCUCCUGGUUCCAAAGAGGGACAGGAAGUGUCAGCACCCGCCUCCUCCAGCAAGCAAGUGCCAUCAGAGGAGGGGCCAACAAAGUCAGAGGAUCCAGGGAUUAUGACUACAUGACCAGAGGUAGGAGGGCAAGAGGGUAGACGAUACGGAAUGAGCAAUAAAGAUCGUGGCAGUUGUGGGAAAGACUAGCCGACCUCUGGGGAAGGAAGGGGAGCAGAAACAGUUGCCUGAAGCCUGCAGCUCAGUGUCUAUGAUCCUUUUGUGGCUGCCAGUCAUACUGGGAACCAAGCCCUUGUGCUGGCCACAGAGCUGAAAACAUAAGAACCAACCCUGCCCUGUGUGACAAAGAGCAGGAGGACAGCUGACCUCCAGCCCCCCAAGUCCAGACCCCACUGUGUCCAGAAGUUCCAACUGGAGAAGUUCAGUUUAUCAGAUCACACAGGCCCUUGGCUAGGCACCCGGGUACUGGCCUGGUGGUCAGCAGGUGGUCUCAAUUAUGUCACAGGGCUGAACUCAAGAGCCCUGAGUAGCCUCUUUUCUCUGCAGGGGGUCAGGCCAGGAAUCAGGACAAAUCAAAGACUUCUAGCAGCACCUAUUUUGUGGUAAUUCCAAGGUUUUUCCCCUCAAUAAGAUAGCCUGUUGCUUUAGGUUUCUGUACAAUCCAGCAGCGGAGAGAAAAGGGGUAGGUGGGCCAACAACAGACACUUGGUGUAGGCUGUAGAGUAAACCAUCUUUAUUUCUUCUGGUUAAAAACAAUGGAUUU